UUCUCAGAGGUCAUCUUCUUUGACCCUUUUGAAAUUUGACUGCUCUAACAAAUCUUCAACCCUCUAUAAAACUUCAUCACUGUCUAAUCUCUAGACAUAACAUCUCGUUUCCAUUGAAAAAUCCUAACACCCACCAUCAUAAUCUUGGACUAGUUUUGGAAAAAUCGAAAAGAAGAAGAAGCUGAUCAAGAAUUCAAAAGAGAAAAUGACAGAGAAAAGCUAUGAUCAGAACUUGAAACACCUCAACAAGUACUCAACAAACAAGAUAUCAAAACCAAUCAAGAAAUACUCACCAUUGGAUCAUCAUCAACAACUGAAUGGUUAUCAGCCUAAGCAGCAGAAAACGCAUGUUUACAAUAUAAACAAGAGUGAUUUCAGAACAUUAGUUCAACAGCUUACUGGUCCUUCUUCUAAUUCUCAGGUUUAUCAACAUCCUCUUCCACCACCACCACAACCACUGAUACAUAAUCCUAAACCUCAAAUGAGCUCUCGUCUUUAUAGUAUUCGUCCACCGCCCCUUACAACAAAAACCCCUGUUCUCUCCUCUGCCACCACCAUCACCACCGUCAAAGAUGAAGAGUAUCGGCCACAGGUGUCGGGUUUAUCACCACUUCCAGCUUUUCCAAGUGUUAAUUUCACAGCUGAGUCUCCGAUUUCUGCUUACAUGAGGUAUCUAAGAAGCUCUACACCAACGAAUACUACUAAUGCAAAUGAUUUUGAAUCAUCAAAGGGCCAGUAUGAUUUUCUUAAUACUUCUUCAUUUCCUUCACCUACAACAACAGCUCAAUUAGAGUUUCCUCCUACAACUCUUGCACCAAGCUGGAAAAAUGUCUGAAGGUGUGUCCAGAGAACAUUUUACUUUUUACUUCUAUGGGGGUAAAACAAACUUUAACUUUACAUGAAUUAGAGGUUAGAAUUUCCAGUGUAUUUUGAUCUUUUGAAGAUUCUAAAUUUCUAACAUGAUUCUGCUGAUGUAAAUUUAUGAUCCAAAGAGAAUAUAUCUUGUAUUGCACUAUUCAUUCUCCAGGCUAUUGAAUAUUCAAGCAUUCUUUUUUUAAGUGGAUAUGUACUGUUUGAUGAAAAGCGGAUGAACUUGCUUAAGAAAUGGGCUUAAAUUUGCCAUGUUUUUAA